AUGUUCGAAAGUGACUCCCAAAUUGUUGUUCAAGCCAUCCAUUCCAAUCAUAUAGGUGGUUAUGAGCUUUAUCUUAUUAUUAGUUCUAUAAAAGUUUUGUUGAGUGUUAAUUAUAACUUUGAGGUUAAACUUAUUAGCCAUCAAGCGAAUAUGGUUGCCUAUUAUCUUGCUAGGGAGGCCAAUUCUUGGCCUAAACGCAUUUCUUUAAAUUUAGCUCCUUCUUGUAUCAAACAUUUUCUGAUUAUUGAUAUUCAUUGA